CUCUGCCCCCUCAUCAUCAGCACAGUCCACACUUUGGCCGGAUACCGAUAAUAUACAAAAACAUGGAAGAGGAGGAGGAUGAAAGAACGAGGGUUGUGAGAAGAAGAAGAAGAAGAAGAAGAAGAAGAAGAAGAUUAAGAUUAAGAAGAAGAAGAGACAUCAUCAGAAUGGUAUUGUUCCUUUAAAAGAUUCAUCUUUGAGAUCAGAAGUGUAAUGGGUCUUCUUCCCGACAUUUACUACCAAGGGGGGGAGAGCUACCCAGAUUAUAAGGAUUUUGUGUUUGUUCCACUCUUCGCAUUCUUCUUCCCAUCAGUUCGGUUCUUCCUCGACAGAUUUGUAUUGGAGAAAUUGGGUAGGCGGUUGAUAUUUGGGAAAGGGAAAGAGAAUCUGGAAAUUGAGACAGAUGAAAGGGAAAAGAAGAUUGGGAAAUUCAAGGAAUCGGCAUGGAAAUGCCUUUACUUCAUAUCUGCAGAGAUUCUAGCACUCUUUGUAACUUAUAAUGAACCUUGGUUCACCGACACUAAAUAUUUCUGGGUCGGACCUGGAGAUCAGCUUUGGCCAGAUCAGAAACUCAAACUUAAAUUGAAAGGCUUGUAUAUGUAUGCUGCUGGAUUCUAUACAUACUCCAUAUUUGCAUUAGUAUUCUGGGAAACAAGACGCUCUGAUUUUGGAGUGUCUAUGGGUCAUCAUGUGGCAACUGUCAUUCUCAUUGCACUUUCUUAUAUACUCAGAUUUGCUCGAGUGGGUUCAGUUGUUUUGGCUAUUCAUGAUGCCAGUGACAUAUUUCUUGAGAUGGGAAAGAUGUCCAAGUACUGUGGUGCAGAAACGCUUGCCAGCAUUUCCUUUGUGCUCUUUGUUUUGUCUUGGAUUCUCCUUCGCCUUAUUUUCUACCCUUUCUGGAUAAUUUGGAGUACAAGUUAUGAAGUGAUCUUGGCCCUGGAUGAUGAAACACACAAAGUGGAUGGGAGAUUCUACUACCACAGAAUCUACUAUUACGUGUUCAAUACUUUACUAGUAUGGUUGUUUAUUCUUCAUAUUUAUUGGUGGGUACUCAUUUAUAGAAUGAUUCUAAGACAAAUUCAAGCUAAAGGCAAAGUCAGUGAAGAUGUUCGAUCUGAUUCUGAAGAAGAAGAUGAAGAACAUCAGGACUGAUCAUUCAACAAUAGAGAGAUUAUGCACACCAUGUUUAUAAAAUGAGACAGACUGACAUUAUAUAAGAAGAAGAAGAAGAAGCAGCAGCAGGGGUUCAUAUUCUCAUUAAUUGGUCCUGUUCUUAUUUUAUUUGGAAAUUUUCAGAAAAUUUUGAACAUCAUCUAAGCUAAAACAGUGGAUUCAUAACCCUGAAACUUAAAACUAAUGUUGAUUGAUGUAGUGUAAGUUUAUUGUUUUAGUUAUGCGUCGCUGAAUUCUUGACAC